UUCAGCCAGAGCUCCAGCCUGAUCCGACACCAGAUGAUCCACACUGGGGAACGGCCCUACACGUGUGAGGAAUGUGGGAAGAGCUUCAGGGAGAGCUUCACCCUGAUCCGACACCAGCACAUCCACACCAGAGAACAGCUCUACAUGUGUCGGAAAUGUUGGAAGAGCUUCACCUUCAGCUCCAACCUCGUCACCCACCAGCGCAUCCACACUGGGGAACAGCCCUACAAAUGCUUGGAAUGUGGGAAGAGCUUCAGGCAGAACUCCCACCUGAUCCGACACCAGCGCAUCCACACUGGGGAACGACCCUACAAGUGCUUGGAGUGUGGGAAGAGGUUUCCGACCAGCUCACAUCUCCUCAGGCAUGAGCAGACACACACGGAUGAGAGGCCCUUCCGCUGCACUGAUUGCGGGAAGGGCUUCAAGGAGAACUCCGCCCUGAUCACCCACCGGCGCAUCCACACCGGGGAGAGGCCCUACAAGUGUGGGGAGUGUGGGAAGAGCUUCACCCAGAGCG